GGGCGGAGCUUCUGCCCAACCGCUGCCCGAGGCGGCCACUCAACGGCUGGCGGGGGCGGGGCGCGGCCGUGACGUCAGGGCGAGAGCGCCGCAGCAGCCCCGGCGGGUGACCAUGUGCUUAGACCGGAGGCGGCCUCCAUGCCGAGCGUUGCGGUCAUCAGCAGUUACAGGUGUCCACUGAUGCCUGGUAGGGCUCAGGCUCCCGGUCCCCUAUGAAUCCAUCACUGCCACCUUCUGCUUCGCCCCAGAAAAGUAACCCAAGCCUUGAGAACAGCACCAUUCAGAAACAGAGGCAAGAGCUCCAGCUUUUAAUUGCAGAACUGAAAGACCGUGAUAAGGAACUCGAUGACAUGGUUGCAGUGCACCAGAGACAGCUUCUAGCCUGGGAGGAUGAUCGGCAGAAAAUACUGACUUUAGCAGAACGGUGCAACUUACUAAACAAUGAGCUGAACAAGAGAAAUGAAAUUAUAAAAUCACUGACCAGAAGGUUAAAGUUCUUAGAAUCUCAGCAGAGUGACAGUAAGACAGCACUUGAAAGUACACAGCAGAAGUUCAGAGAGCUGUCACAGAAAGUGACAGAUGCAACUGCUCACUGUCAGGCUCUGGAGGAGAAAAAUCAAAGUCUCCACUGCUCAGUUUUGGAACUGUCUGCUAAAACAGGCCAGCUGCAAGCAAGAGAACAGGAGCUACUUACUAUGCUUAAGCUGAAGGACGAGGCCAUACUUGAAACAACUGAUCACAUCACUGACUUUACGUCUAAGUUCAAAAAGGUGGAGAGUGCAUUGCGUGCAGCAAGGAUGGAGGGAUUCAGUCUCAACAAAGAAAAGCAAGACCUCAAACUGAGACUGAAAGAACUAGUACUCGAAACAAAUAAGCUGAAAGAUGACCUCUGUGAAAAGGUGAAAGAAAAUCAUAAGCAGCAGGAGGAAAUAAUUCACCUCAAACAGGAAAACGGCUGCUUGAGGAACGAGCUCACACUUGCUGUUGAGAAAGCAAAGAGACAGGAUCAACUUCUGCAGUUUGCAAAGUCUAAACAAGCACGGACUGACACGGAACUAUCAGGUUUGCGAAAGAUCUAUGUAAAACAGCAGCGUGACUUGCAAUUUCUUCAUGUCAAUUUGGAGAGCUCUCAGGAAUUAAGGCAAAAGCAUGAAAAGGCAGCACAUGAAAGGAGCAUAGAUAUGGCAUUCUCUGCCCCUGAAAGUAACAGCAAGACAGACACAGUUAGGACUGAGGGAACCCACGGGAUAUGCGAGGAGUGUGGAACUGCACAAGUUCCAAAAAGUAGGGUGAAACCCACCUCUGAGAUGUGUGAAGUAGAUAAUGGACUGUUACGGAAUGCGUCAGACUUGGAGGAAACUACCUCAGCGUACUUAAACCAGUGUCCAAAAGUUGUGAAAGUCUUGGCUGUCCUUACGGAAGAAGAAAAGCAGGAUGUUGCAUCAAGCUCCGAUGAGCCAGGCAGCCAAGUAUUUAGUGAGGCAAACAACACAAGGCCAUUGAGAAACAGGGAAAUCUCUGAGAAUGAAGUGGAAAUCAGAGACCAACAAACCUUUGAGUCAUCUUUACCUCAGCAUGAGCAUUGGCUUAAUGUCAGUUCUUGUGUAGAUUUGCAAAGUACUUUUAUCCAGAGCACCGCUGCAUCUGACCAAACUGCUGAUGAAAAUAAAACCAGGGAAGAGAGAACUGGAAUUCUGUUGGGCCAAAAAAGCAGAGAGACUCCUGCUGCAGUGCACAAGUCUGAAUCUGAUUCCUGUACUAAGAAGUUCUUCAUGAGAAAAGAUGCAUGGUGGAAGCCAGUAUCGGAUCCAGAAUGGUUGAAGAUUUUCAAACCCAUAAAAGGAGAUGGAAAUGUAUGGCAUGGAGGAGAUUGCAGCUGUCUCAGGACUGCACAAGAGAUGAAAUGUGCCCGCUUAAAAAGUGAAGAAAACGUGGAUCUGAAUUCUUUUCACUUGGAUUCUCCCUGUUUGACAUCCACCCAGAAAGGAGACAGGCCUCAAAGAUGUGAGAAAUUCUGUGAUGAAGAAUUCACGCUGGGGAUCAAUACCUUUUCAGUGACUAAGCCAACAAACAGAUGCUGCAACGCCACUGUGGACCGAGACACCAGUUCUCCCGUAAGUAAGCUGCAGCAUGCGCUGGCUGAGUCUCGACAGAUGGUUGCUGAUCUGGAGCUUAGCACUCUCCUCCAGGCGAGCCCUCGCUGCAGUCCAAACAGCAGCAACAUUAAUACGACAACAGAACUUGCAGAAGGUCUUCACAGAACCCAAUUAUCUGCUGCAGAAGAAAGAGAUGCUAAGCUCCCCUUCUUUUCUCUGUGAUGUUCCAUGAGUAUGAAGCAAAUGAAGACAUUUCCAAUCCAGAAUUAACUUGGAGACCUGAAAAUCAUCAUCCCAUCAGCUACGAUGGAAAGUUACCUCACUAUUUUUCCAUGCUUCUUUUGAGUGAAAGCCUCGCAAGCAGCAAAGAGAUGUGGCUCUGCAGGAAUAUAUUUUAUCUGGAAAUAAAACAUAGAAUAAUGCCAAGAUCAACAAAGCUAUUUUUAUAGCUGAGAGCUCAGGUUAAACACUAGCUUGGGUUUUAAGAAUCUCAAGUGCGUAAUUGUUAACAACGCAGGAACUAUUUUUCUUAUUCUUUUUUUUUAUGGUGGCUCAGAAAUAUUUAUAGAGUAUGACACAGCCAAAUGUUCCUUUUUUAUAUAGUUGAUUGUUUUAGUUCUGGACUUGUGGCCAUGUAGAGGGAGAUGAAUAAUGGUUAUAGGAAGUUCCCAAUUAGUGGUGUAGCCAGGAACUGCUCCUGCGUGGUUGAAACAGGAGAGUUGCCACCCAUGAGACGGGCACAACAUCACUUCCCUGUUGGGCACUGCUUGUUCUACCAAAAGCUUGUGUCAUGAGGUGUGUCCAGUGUAGUGGGACGGGGUUUUUAGCCUUUAAACUGGUUUUUAAUCUUUGGCUAUUGAGCAAGACGUGUUCCGUUACCACAAUAUGAACUUCUUUUUUUAACUAAAAGAUCAAAUAAGCCAAUAAAGGUGAGACCUUUGCUGUA